UGGACAAUCAUCAAGCCUGCGCAGCGGAGGAAACCCCUCCUCAUCGCCACAAUGUCUCUGUGCGCCUGCUUCAUCUUCAGCAGGACCUCGAAAACUGGACGUCCAAUUCCUCCAUCCUCUCAGGCCACCGUCUUCUGCGCAACAACACCACUGGACUUACGAGGAGUGUGCAGAGGCUUACGUAGAGUCAGUCUCGAAGCCGAUACACAAUGACCAGACCCUAUUCCUGCUGUAGUAGACCAGAGAGUCUCGUACUACCAUUCCGACUUCCUCUGCAGGCAGACCUCGUCCAGCUCGAUCACUUCGAACAACCUUGCACGCGAUCAUAUCUUCCGCAUUGAGCAAUGCUGUCUACAUCCAUGAGGUUGAUUUUGCUGCAGCUGUCGAAAAAUGCCCGAGUCUGGAAAGUAGUGACUGCAGGUAACAGCACAACUCUAGCAGUACGUCCUGCUAUCGCGCCGCAUGGACCGUCCUUUCCCUCUUCUUCACUUUCUUCACUCUUCCCAGUCUGUUGAUUUGAACCGUAAUUGUCCUGUCAAUCUGCAAGCUGCUACUCUAACGCUAUCAUACGCCGAUAGCGUCUGCAAGCUCCGCACUUACUAUGUACAAAUAGGCGAGCUCACGCCUUGACCUGCUAAUCAACCACUCCACAAUGGCAAGUCUAUCAUCACUGCCGGUUCCGUGGGCUCUGCAGACACGGAAUAAAUAUGAAAUUACGGUAGACACCAUCCAGGGCCAUUUAACCAACAACCUUU